UGCUGAUUUGCAGCAUCCAUUGAAUUUGCACCCAAAAAAGAAUCCAUUAAAUUGUUUUCUUUUUGUUUUCUCGAUGAAUUCAUAUGUCUAGUAAUCACUCUAUACUGGCAAUCUGUGUAUUUAGAAAGAGUUGCUGAAGAACUACUGUCCAGAAUCUCGACGUCGGUUGGGACGUCGAUACUUGGAAGGGUAUGGAGAUUUGCGACACCUGCAAUUUCGGCUGACAAUUCUUAGAACAUUUCUUCUGUGUGCGAGAAACUUGGGCAACGAUGAUGAUGAUGCAAGCCUAAAAGCACUCAUAACUAGGAUUAAAGAUGCCAUUUCGGAAUGGAGACAGGAGAUUCACACCUGCUAUCUUACUGCUGUGGAAGGUGGAUUUCCUAAGAACGAGUUGAGAGCUGUGAGUAAUAACGUACAGGAAGACAUCACAUCUUUUGAGCUAGAAAUUGAGGAAUGGUACUUGGUUUUCUCAGAUCGCUCAUUAAGGCAGUCUAAUAAUCCCCCUAUGCAAAAAGAUGACCUUGUGGAAUUCAUCAACUCUCUUCUGGAGAAUCUACCGAACUUUCCUACCAUCAGAGUGUUUGCAGCUAAUCAAGUUGAAGGAGAGCGAAUCAAAGCCCUUAAAGAAAAGCUAACGUUCAUGAAAAACUUAAUCUGUUUUGUCACAUUGCGGGGCGUUGAAGGUGGUCAACUGGGGCCUUUGUUGACUCAUACUGGAGUUCUGGCUAUCAAUGCAGCGGAUUUCUCUUUCAGGUACCGGAUUAGUUAUAAUAACAAUAUCCAAAUGCUAAAAGAGCCAAAGCACAUGGUUGUUGUUCCUGUAGAGUCUUGUGUACAGGCCCUGAUUGCCUCAAAUCUAUCAAAAGAAUCAUAUAGCGAAUCAGAUGAGCAUAUAUUCAUAUAUCUUGUCGAUGUUCUGCUAUGUACUCUUUGGGAGAUAGUAAAGUCUGGCACUUGUUUUUUGAUUUCCGUAAAGGAUCAACUGCAAAUGCUUUAUGAAGGACUAAGUUUCUUGAGAACCAAUCUCAAGGAGAAGCCAAAGAAGUUCGAUGAGAAAUUGAGACAUCUUAUUGGACUCGUGGUCUGUGAUGCAGGACUUGUUAUUUGCUUUCUUUCUCAAAAAGCAAAGAGAGAUGGAUUGAUCAAGGAAAUGGAUAUUGAGUAUGUCGAUUUUCUGGAAAGGAUUAAGCUUAUCAAGGCAACAGUUGCGGAGAAGCGUCUAGAAACAUCAUCAUUCUUUCCUAGGACCAAUCAGUUGGGUUUCAUUGAUUUUCUUCUAGAAAAUAUGGUCGAUCUGACAAGUCCUGAGGGUGGUUCAAAUGCUCUUGUAAAUCAUCCAGUUAGACCAAUCCAUGAAGAACUUGUUUCCUUGCGCACUUUUUUGGGGAAAAUUGUGGAGUUGCGAAAUGAAGAUAAGGUGCUCCAAGAUCUUUGGAAUAGUGUCGUUGAGGUUGCAUACAGGGUAGAGUUUCUUAUUGACUCGUUAAUGGUUGGCGAUAUUCUAGAUUCUUCUUCAAUGUCGUUUCAUUCCAUUUUGGAAGAAAUUAAGAUCAUUAAAUUUAAGGCCUUGAACAUUUGUAAUAGCAAUAGGCUCGAUGGAGAAGUUAAGGAAGCUACCAAGAGAAUGGAUCACAAGCCAUCACAGAAAAAUAAGCCAAAAAUCAAUGAAGUGGUGGUGGGAUUUGAGGAUGAGGCAAAUUUGAUUAUCAAUCGACUCACAAGAGGAUCACGACAGGUGCAAAUUAUUCCCAUUGUGGGUAUGCCAGGGCUUGGUAAGACAACUAUAGCUCACAAAAUUUACCACGAUCCCAUGGUUAUGUCCCAUUUCCAUCUGCGUGCUUGGUGUUCUAUAUCUCAAGUAUAUCACAAGAAAAAUCUGUUUCUUGAAAUUUUGACCUGUAUUCUUCCAAACAUAUUUUUUAACAAGACUGAAGAAGAAUUGGCUGAAGAAAUCUACAAAUGUUUGAAAAGGAACAGAUAUCUCAUUGUUUUGGAUGAUAUAUGGGACAUUGAAGCAUGGAAUGAAUUGCAAGCCUCAUUUCCUAAUGAUGCAAAUGGAAGCAGAGUUAUCAUGACAAGUCGACUUCAUGAUGUUGCUCCGCAAGAUAAACUGGAUAAAGAACCUCAUUGUCUUCGUCAACUCACUCAUGAUGAAAGUUGGGAUUUGCUGAAAGAAAAGUUAUUUCCUGGAAAAGAUUUGCCUCCAAAAUUAUGUGAACUUCGAACGCAAAUCGUGGAAAUGUGUCAAGGGCUACCUCUUACUAUCGUCAUUCUUGCUGGAAUUCUAGCUCAUACAGACCAAUAUGGCUGGAAAGAAGUUGUGCAACGUUUAAGCUCAAGCGCUAUUUCUAGUUCAGAACAAUGCAAAGCUGCACUAGAGCUGAGUUACACAAAUUUACCAGAAAAUUUGAGGCCAUGUUUUCUCUAUUUUGGAGCAUAUCCCCAGGAUCAUGAGCACAUUACCGAUCGGUUAACUUGGUUAUGGGUUGCCGAAGGAUUUGUGCAAAAAACUCAGUUCAAGAGCUCGGAGGAUGUGGCAUAUGAUUACCUGAUGGAUCUCAUUGGCAGAAGUUUAGUCAUGGUUCCCAAACAAAGAUCUAUUGGUGGGGUUAAAACUUGUCGCAUUCACGAUUUGUUACAUGAUUUCUGUGUGAGAAAAGCCCAAGAAGAAAAUUUUUUGCAGCUGGUACGUGGGUAUGAUGAAUUGUCUACUUGCUAUGUGCCUCCCAACCUACACCGCUUAUGCAUCAACUGUGAGCCUGAGCACUUUUGGAAAUUAAGGUUAUAUUCUCCCACUAUACGUUCUCUAUUAGUGUUUGCUUGUGCUGAAGUGCACCCAAGAACUUGGUCGUUUGAUCUUUCAUUCAUUUCUUGCAUCUUCAAACUUGUUAAAGUGUUAGAUUUGAGCCAAAUUAAUUUGGGUUAUGCUUUUCCUAGAGAAAUAGAAAUGCUUGUUCUGUUGAGAUACUUGGCAGUUCUUGGUAACAUGCGGAACAUCCCAUCAUCAAUAGCCAGUCUCUCGAAUUUAGAAACUUUUAUGGUGGAAACUCUUGAAUCACCAGUCUUGCUACCAGAUACUAUAUGGAGUCUAAGGAAACUAAGGCAUUUGCAAAUUAUGAACAAGUUUUUCAGAAGCGGUUUUCGUUUGCCAACAGGCAAUCUUGACAACUCUUCACAGUUGUGUAAUUUAGAUUCCUUCUCUAUUGCAAUUCUUUCUUCUUGGGGGAACAUGGACAAGAUAUUGGGAAAGUUCCCAAAUAUCCGCAAGCUAAAACUCAAGAUCUCAGAAUACAAAGCUUCUCCUUGGGAUAAAAGCAACAAGGUUCUUGUGCUUCACUUUCUACAUCGACUAGAAUCGCUCAAUUUGAAUUUGGAUCCACUUCGUGAUGUGCAAUAUCAGAUUGAGUUUUGUUUCUCUUCAACUAUUAAAAAGUUGACUCUGUCCGGCUUCCGCUUACCAUGGUGCAAAAUAUCAGCAAUUGCAAAUCUACCCAAUCUUGAGGUUCUCAAAUUACUCCAUCAAGCCUUUGAGGGACAAGAAUGGAACAUGGAAGUAGAGGAAUUCCCUAAAGUUAGAUUUUUGAAAUUAGCUUCCUUGGACAUUGCCAAGUGGACAGCCUCCGAGUGUGAGAACUGCUUUCCUCAUCUGGGGAAACUAGUGUUGGAAAGAUGUUACUUUUUGAAGGAAGUCCCCUCUUCAUUGGGGAAUAUUUCAACCCUUGAAACAAUUGAGGUGUCUGGUUGUCCAAACUCUGCAAGUUCAGUAAUGCAACUACAGGAAGAAGGUCUCAAGUACUUAUUUCAUCCUCAGAAUUGAGUUAUUGAUCUUCUUUGGGUCUGUUUGCUGUGGGCAGCCAUUUUGCUCAUUCUACACCUUUUCAAAUCCUUCACUUCUGUACUAUACUGGUUAUGUUGUAUUAGUUUAGUGCCAAAAUCAAGUUUUUUUAUGCCUACAUAUUACUUUUUUUUCUGCCACAGAAUGCGAUGGUGGAAUUACUUCCCUGUUUGAAGUAGCCGCUGUUUUAUUCUCAAAUAGGAGUCCUGAUUGAAAGAGCAUUUCGUACUUUUUUAAGUUAAUCUUGCUUAGUUGUAUAAUAACUACAACUUUAUUCAAUCUCUCAGUACGAUUUAAAAAUUGUUUUCUGAAAAGAAUAAAA